AUGGACGGCUCGGUUGCCCCUAUCACUAAAAAACCUGCAUCUGCCAAGUUACUUAAGAAAAAUUUCCUUAAGGCUCUAAAGUCAAAUGACUUUCAAAAAGUGGAGGCCAUGUUAAGCCAAAAGGAAAUAGAUGUGGACACAGUUUUUGAAGUUGAAGAUGAGAAAAUGGUUCUGGCAUCUUAUAAACAAGGAUAUUGGUUGCCUAGUAAUAAAGUAAAAUGUUCCUGGGCAACAGGCCUGCAUCUCUCUGUCUUCUAUGGUCAUGUGGAAUGUCUUCUGGUGCUACUGAAUCACAAUGCUACAAUCAACUGUAGACCAAAUGGAAAAACUGCACUACAUGUAGCUUGUGAAGUGGCCAACGAGGAUUGCGUUAAGGUACUCUGUGACUAUGGAGCAAAGCUCAAUAGUUACUCCUUAAGUGGACAGGCUGCUUUGCACUACUGUACAACUCCGAGUUCCAUUCACUGUGCCAAACUAUUGGUUAGUAGAGGAGCAAAUGUGAACGUGAAGACCAACAACUAUGAGGAAGAGACCCCUUUGCACACUGCUUCCCAAUUUGGCCUCUCCGAAUUAGCGACCUUCUAUGUGGAGAAUGGAGCCAUCGUUAACAUGGUGAACGCCUACAUGGAGACUCCACUGGCAGUUGCCACCUACUGGGCCCUCCGUUUUCAAGAUCAGAAGUACAACAAGGAGCAUCACCGUAUCUGUCGCAUGCUGAUUGACCAUAAGGCAAACGUGAAUUGCCGGGAUGAAGAGUUUAAAUCUCCUCUCCAUAAGGCAGCCUGGAAUUGCGACCACGUGAUCAUGCAUAUGGUUUUGGAAGCUGGUGCCGAAACCAAUCUCGUGGAUAUCACUGGCUGUGCUGCCAUUCAGCAUGUGCUGCGUGUCACCUCUGUGCGCCGUUCUGCCAAGCCAGAGAUCUGUUACCAGCUGCUGCUGAAUCAUGGGGCCGCUCGAAUCUAUCCAGCCCAGUUCCACAAGGUGCUAGAGACUUGCCAUUCUUCUCCCAAAACAAUUGAAAUUGCGGUCAAUUCCUAUGAACAUAUCAGAUGGAACACAAAGUGGAAGCUUGCUAUUCCAAAUAAAGUCCUGAAGAAACAUGGGGAUUUUUACAACUCCCUUUUCACUGUGUGCAGUAACACUCCAAGGACUCUCAUGCAUUUAUCGAGAUGUGCUAUUCGAAGAGCAUUGCACAGCAGAUGUCAUAAAGCAAUUCCUUUGCUUUCCCUCCCAACGUCAUUGAAAAAGUACUUGCUCUUAGAGCCGGAGGGAAUCCUUUAUUAAACCUUAUGAGACAGAAGUUCCCAGUCUUAGAUAUUUAAAUAGACUUGCCUGGUAGACACAGUUUGCAUAAUUAAAAUAGUACUUAGGUGGAUUAUAUCACUUUAGGGAUUUCAAAAACCCUUUACAAACACUGUCAUUAAUCCUAUGUAUUGUAAUGAGAGGAAAUAAAGAAGAAUUAAGGUUAAGGCAUUCUCAAAGGCAAGAAUAGAUCCAGAUAUAUUGAUAAAACACUAAUAAUUAUAGAGUGCUCUUACUAGGUGCCAAUAGUUUUUGAUAAAAUUUUCAUUUAAGAUUUUAUUUAAAAUGGGACCUAGGUUGUCUUACAACCAAACUCAUUUUCUCUCCCACCAGUGAUAAGUUUACAUUAGCUUUCAGUUGACAAGAUAGAAGACUUCGUGAUUAUCUCUUAAUCUCAUUGUCUUCCAUCAAUUAUCAUUUAAUAGUAAUGAUCAUUGCUAGUUUGGCAAAUUCUAUUUCUUUUCAAGCCUUUCAAGUUAUUAUUUGUGUGUGUGUGUGUGUGUGUGUGUGUGUGUGUGUGUGUGUGUGUGUGAAUAAGGCACAAGAGCUUAAUCAAAGCAGAUCAAAUCAGGAGUUUUGGUCUAACUAGAAAUUAGAACAAAGACCAAUCCACUAAUAGUGUAAAAAAAAAAGACUAAACAUUUUAUUAUGCCUUUUAUUGCGCCUGAGACUGGAGAUGCUACCUUGAGCUGAUAUGACUUGUGCCCUCCAGAAUCUCACUAUGUAGCAGAGGAUCUUGACAUUUUAUCAGAGUACUGCUGAUCAUGUAACAGGGGCAAGAGUACAGGUGUAGAGUCAUUUUAUGCAUGCUUUUCAAGUUGUAUUUGUGAUGUUAGUUGUGACUUUUGCUUGGAAGCUUUGAAGAGUGAGGGAAUGACAUGAAUUAGAGCAAUUGCUUGCUGUUCUUAAUGUUAAUAUGUUCAUUUUGGGACUGGGAUUUCCUGAACCAUAGAUAGUGUUUAAUUUUACUCAGUUUCCUGUUUAGUGCCUCCCUAGAUUCCACGAGAAAACUAUUACACAAGCAAAUUCUCUUAUGUAAGAAGGAAGUUUUGGAAAAUGAGUGCAUGCAAUGAAACUUUGAGGAGAAAGAUUUAAAUUGAUUGUGUGCUCUCUUUGUUUUAGCAUAGCACGCUAUCAUGUCAGAAAAUUUAGCUAGAUGUUAAGGAGCAUGUUGCUAGCUAAGAAAACAAACAGACUUCUUGAGAAUGGUAAAAGUUUGAGAAAGUUAGAAGACAGUGUUCUAAUUAGACAAUUUAGUGAGUAGUUUGCAUGAAGAUAAGUGCAGAUUAUUAACAUCUGGUCUUCAUGAGUUCUGAAGCCUAUUCACUUUUUACUCAUGCUCAUUUUAGUACAUUCAUUGCUUCAUUGUAGAGUUUAAAGCAAAAGCAACAAAGCACAAUAUAACCUAUUAUAAUCUUUGUGACUGAGCAGGUUCACUUUGUGUGGUUCUGUCUUUUACUAACAUUAUAUGCAUGAAUUUUAUUUUCAGUAAAGAUGACAUCAAUUAGUCCUUUGGCCUACCACUUCUGCUAGGAUUUGAAUACUCUACAGGCCAUGUUGUUAAAGUGAUGUUUCUUUAAGUGAGUUUUAUUCAAGUAUCUUGGAUCAAAUGAAUUAUAUUAAAAAAUAAGAUCUAUGUUAUUAAAUAGCAUGUUAAAUUCGUAUGAACUAUUUCUAUAAGACAUAUUCUUUCGCCUUCUAGAUUUCUUGACUAGGGUUGCAUGCUUGCUUUCUGCCACUAAAACCCUUGUAGACAAAGGGAAGGGUGUUAAUGGGAAAAUAGUUUUAAAAUCUUUUUGCUUGUGUUUAAAAUUUUGCGCUAAUCUAAUAUACAAUACAUGAGUAAUUGUGAAUUUUUGAUUCAUAUGAAUUAGAAAUAUUGCUUCAUCUUUGAACUUAGAUUUAUUGGAUAUAAAUAAAGAUAAAUAAAAAAUAAAAAA